CAACAUUUAAAUUUAUUCUUAUAAUGUGGCUUGACCAUUAGAGUCAACGAAAUCAAGUCUGUCGAAUCAAUGGACAGAUGAUAGAUUUUAUUUUUUAGCCUUUCACAGAGUACUUUUAGCCAUCUCAGCUGACUGUCAAAGAAGCCAACAAAAAUAUUGGCUGAUUUGGUUGUAAUUCGAAGUUUUGUAUUUAACUCAUGCAGCAGUAUGUCCCACCAAUUAGAAUUGCUAACCGAGAGUCCUUCGCAAUGGAAUGCAGUGGCUUUUGUAACUCCGGAGAUACAGAAGAAGGAAAUAAAACCAUUUGUUUUGUUAGCCCUCAAAGAGCUAGAAGGCAAUCCAGACAGCCGUACAUCAAGUUUGCUGAACGGGCACAAGUUUUCUGCUGUCCGAUCAGUUGUGAAACAUGUCGCACGAGUCCGUUCCGCGACCAAGGUGCCCUGGAGUGAGAAUGACAUGCUGCAGUUUCUGGAGGGGCUAAGAUUUUCUACAGAAUGUGCCACAGAGCUGAUGAGUUUGCUGUGUGUUGAUCAAAUAUACACUAACUUGCAAAAACACCUCCGAGUUAAACCAGGAGUAGUCAGUUUACGAUGGAGAAUUGAUGUUUCACUAAGUCAAUCAAAUAUACAAUCAGAAAAUGCAGACGAGAAACACAGAAAAGAAAUCAUGUACAGAGACACACAAGUGAUACUAACAUUUACAUUAACAAACGGACAGAUAAACAUAUACAGAUUAUCUAUAUCAAAAUUUCAUGAACUACGAUACGUUAUAGCUAGUGCUUUGAAAAGCAUGAUUGUUUUGGAGAAGAGGAAAUGUAUGAGACGGGACUGACAAAGGUAUUUUUGGGGUUAAAAGGGGUAUAGGGGGUUUCGAGCUUCUACGGGUAAAUGUAUGAGAUGAGACUGAUGAAGGAAUUAUUAUCGUUAAAAGAGGAUUUGUGACCUUAUAAAUGAAAGAAAAAUUGAAUGACUGAUGAAGACAUUUUUGGCUUUAAAAAGGGGGUUUUGAACCAUUUAUUUAAAAGGGGGUUUUGAACCAUUUAUUUAAAAGGGGGUUCAUGAAACAUAAUGGGGGAUGAAAAAGCUAUGAGAAAUUGAACAGCGCAAAUGGAGACUUGCAUUGACGGAACAGAAAGUAUCUGGAAAGAGCUAGAGCAAUAAUGCUUUCAAAAGGUUAGAAAAAGUUAAAAA